CGGAGAGCUGGGCGCGAGCGCCGCCGCUCACCUGCCGCGGGCGCCACCGCGGACGUGCCACGCGGGUGGCCCGCGCUCUUCGGCAGCACCGGAGGAGCCCUCCUCGGUCUGGGCGUGCCAAGAGGACAGGGGUUAAAAUGAACGAAGACCUGAAGGUCAAUUUAAGUGGGCUGCCUCGGGAUUGUAUAGAUGCCAGUGCUACGGAAAACAUCUCAGCCGCUGCCCCCUCCCAGGACCCUGGUGCGGAGUCAGAACCUGAGCUUGUUGUCAACCCUUGGGACAUUGUCUUGUGCAGCUCAGGAACCCUCAUCUGCUGUGAAAAUGCCAUUGUGGUCCUUAUCAUCUUCCACAGCCCCAGCCUGCGAGCACCCAUGUUCUUGCUGAUAGGCAGCCUGGCUCUUGCAGACUUGCUGGCUGGCCUGGGACUCAUCAUCAAUUUUGUUUUUGCAUACCUGCUUCAGUCAGAAGCCACCAAGCUGGUCACAAUUGGGCUCAUUGUUGCCUCUUUCUCUGCCUCUGUCUGCAGUUUGCUGGCUAUCACUGUGGACCGCUAUCUCUCACUGUAUUAUGCCCUGACGUACCACUCUGAGAGGACAGUCACAUUUACCUAUGCCAUGCUGGUUAUACUCUGGGGAACGUCUAUCUGCCUGGGGCUGCUGCCUGUCAUGGGCUGGAACUGCUUGAGGGAUGAGUCCACCUGCAGCGUGGUUAGACCUCUCACGAAGAACAAUGCUGCCAUCCUGUCCAUCUCCUUCCUCUUCAUGUUUGCACUGAUGCUUCAACUCUACAUCCAGAUCUGUAAGAUUGUGAUGAGGCAUGCCCAUCAGAUAGCCCUGCAGCACCACUUCCUGGCCACAUCGCACUAUGUGACUACCCGGAAAGGGGUCUCAACCCUGGCUCUCAUCCUGGGGACCUUUGCUGCGUGUUGGAUGCCUUUCACGCUCUAUUCCUUAAUCGCCGAUUACACCUACCCCUCCAUCUAUACCUACGCCACACUCCUGCCUGCCACCUACAAUUCCAUCAUCAACCCUGUCAUAUAUGCUUACAGAAACCAAGAGAUCCAGAAAGCCCUCUGCCUCAUUUGUUGUGGGUGUAUUCCUUCCACGCUGUCCCAGAGAGCACGCUCUCCCAGCGAUGUGUAGCAACCUUCCUCCACCUGCAGGAUACCGCCUCCACCAAGCACCCCACUGCCCAGGAUGGCCAGUGCUUUCCUGUCCUUCAAUCCUUUGCACUGGAUUCUCACAAGCAGAAGCAAUGGCAUCAUUCAGAUAAGCAAUGACAGUGAAAACCAUGCCACCAGUGUUAAAAACAAAAAAGGAAAACAAACGACUUCUCUGCUCAGCAUUAUGGUGUUUGUUUGGAAGUUAGGUUUAUUAUCAUUUUUAAAAAUAUUUCAUUUAAUAGGGUUUUUUUCUUUGUUUUGGAGGGUAUAGUGGGACCCCAUGUGGUCAUGAAAUGAUGCACAAGUCCCAAGAUUUUUAACCUAGACCUGAAAAUAAAUCGAAUUUUUUAAGGAAACUGGAGAAGGGAUUACUUUUUUCUGGACUUUUUUUAAAAAAUCAAGUUGGAUCUUCCAUUUUGUAUGUAUCUAGCAGGAUAUGAGCUUUUUCAUAUGACCAAAAUAGUUUACAUAAUUAUGUUUGGAAAGACUUGUUUUCAGUAACGCAGACUCAGUGAUAAGUUACCAAUAACCAAACCACAAACCCCUUUAUUCUUCUCUAUUCUCAGCAGUCUCUGCCCCUGAGAAUUACUUUGUAGUGUCUCUGUGUUACAGUUUGGCAUGCAUGGUUACCUGUGCUAGUUACACCACUAACUGCAAUAUUGCCACGCUAAUCCCAGAAUUAAAGGAGUCAUUUUUCAAUACAGUUUAAUAUAUUCUUUCCAAAAUGAGUCAUGAAAAAACAUUUUGAAUUAUAUGUGAGGUAGCACUAAUUAGAUUUGCCAUUGUGAUUUUUAAAACUUCAGUCUGGUGGUUUUCAGAAAACAAAAGAGAAAAUAUUAAUAGUAUCUAUUGAAAGUAGAUUAUAUUUAUUUUUAAUAUAUUCUGAAAAAUAAAUGAGUAUGAUGCUGUUAAGAAAUAUGCAAACAUCUCCUUUCACAUUUCUGUAUAUGAAUAUAUUAAUUGUUUUCUUGCUUAAGAUGAAUAGAAUUAAGUAUUACAAACCAAAA